CCAGUGUGCAGACCACCACACCAUGAAGGCAUGCCAAGAAGGCAGGAAAAAUACCUUAUAGGGGGAAGUCAAAUUGUUCUGUUCUAUACAAAAAAGGGGGAAAUACUUUUAAUAUUACAUCAUUAAUAUUAGAAUGCAGUUUUAAUAUUUAUCCAAGAACAUAAUUGAAUUAAAAAAAAAGAUUUUAGUUUUUACAAUAAUAUUUACUUUUUCUAUACUUAUAAUACAGCAUAUUUCUGAUUUGUUUUAUAAGGAAACAGCAAUAUGAUCUUUCCCAAGAUCUGUGUAAUUAUCUUUUUGUUUUAUUUUUAUCAUCAUCAUCUUUAAAUGUUCUUUCAGAAUUAUACAUGACUAGGUGAUUAUGUUUUACUGCAGUUUUUCUCUACCUUUUUUGCCCCAUGCUUCCCUUUCAGCACCCCUAGAAGAUCCUCCUCCUUCUUUUCAAAACUCAAAAUGCAUUUAUUUAUUUAAAUUUAGAUUAUUUUUAAUGUGUUUUAUAAAUUAACAACAAAGGGUAUAGAAAUUGUUAAUAAAUAAUAAACCCUGAAUAAAACUAGUUUAUAUAUAUAUUCAUGAACUAAGUACUAACAGCUAAGUAAAAGGCUGAUCCCUUUCUCCACCCCCCCGGAAAAAAAAAAAAAAAAAAAAAAAAAAAAAAAAAAACCUCCAAGGGGGGGGCCUGCUGUCUGGUUGAAAAGCCUUUGUUUUUUGCUAUGUCUCUGUGGUAGUGUUUAUAUGUAUUUCUAAUAAAUAUUAAUACCUGAAAAACUAGAUAAUAUGUUUGCUUCAAUCGGAAUCUGUUUUUCAGAUCCUUGCUGAAAGCUGUGAUCCUACAAAACGAGUUCGGGUGGAGAGUUAUUAUCCUUAUCCAUAUUCUCUGGAUCCAACGCUGGUGUACUGGUAUGCCAAUCCCCUGUGGAACAAAGUGACUGCCUUCAAACCUUUGCCCCCUGUGAUCACCAAAGACGGAAAACCUGUGUAUAUUCCUCCCGACGUUUUGCCUACCAUUUUCAAAGAGAGGCAUGAAAAUCAUUACCAGACAAAUUUUGCACUUACUUCAGCCGCUGUCCAGAAAUUAGGGCUGAUGAAAGUGCCUGAAGAUCAAGCAGUCCUAGCUUACCAUGCCCAUAAAACAGAAACAGUGAGCAAAAGAAAUCUGAAAAAAGAACAUGAUUAUGAUUCAAAUUCCUGUUGUUUUGAUUCAGAAGAUACAUUUUCAGAUACCAGUUUUAGUACUCUUUCUGCAGGAACAGAAGAUGGUUUGUUUGCUAACUUAGAUGAUGAAGAUGAGCUUCGACCAAGUGCAGAAAGUGAACUUCUUGAACUUAACAAGAUAUUGACUGAUGUUGAUGCUUCACUUCGCACAAAAAUAAUGUCUCAAGUUGAAUCGUUAAUUGCCAAGUACCGUAAGUGCCUCAGUGUUGCUGUUCAGGGGAAGAAACUCUAUCAGAUGGAGUUAGAAAAGAUUCAUUAUACACAAAGAGGAAAGCUACGUAAGUUACAAGAAACAAAUAAGUACCUUAGAAAAGAAAUGCGAAAACUUCAAAAUAGUACUAAUGUUCUCAUCAUUAAUAAUAAUGAACAGUGUGUUGAAAGCAAGAAUUUGAGGAUGACAUCAGUCCUUGCUAAUCCUCAUACUGAAGAAAAGGAAAAAGAAAUUGCAACUGAUGACAAAACAGAAAGCAAACUAGUUAUUCAUUCAGAGCAAGAUGAUGGUGUACUUGUAGCAGAAAAGCAAGAUACAAUUGUCUUAGCGGCCAGCCCUACCCUGCCAAAGCAGUCCCCUAAUGUAGAAGCUGAACCUCUUGGAAAAUGAACCUUUUGCUGAUUUCUAUGGUGCUCAUUCAAUUUCAGAGGCAAGAUAUUUGCCUUUUGUUAAAAGUUGUGAUCAGUUCUUUUUCCAGUGUUCCCUAUGAAGUACAAGUGGCUUUUAUAGUCAUUGUCGUCAUGCACAGUGGCUGUGAGCCAAAAUUGCAGUCAUUUAUGCGAGUGCCAGUGCUAACAUUCAUCAUUCUUUCCAAGGUUUUAUGUUAUCAUGUAUUUAAAGAAAACAGUUAAAAUAUUAUGACGAAAAGGGGAAGUACCUGCAUUUUUUUCAAAAAAUUUUGUAAUAUAUUGUUUUCUGUUGAAUUUGAAAAUGAACUCCCACCUUGCUUUUUUUUUUUUUUUUUUUUUUUUUGUGUGUGUGCGUGUGUGUGUGUGUGUGUAAAUUUCUUUAGAAAAGUAUAAAUUUGUAAAUAGCUUUUUUCAUAGAAGUCAUUUUGAACACUCUCCAUUCGUGUACAUCAUCAUUUAGGAAACAAUCUCCUCCUUCCUAAUGGAUAAUUUUUUUAAAUAAUUUAAAGCAUCUUGUAAAAAAAAAAAAAAAAAAAAAAAAAUGUCCUGUGUCAUUGCUUAAUGUAUACAUAAAUGUGUAAAGUGAUGUAAUGUUUAACAAUUUAAAUACAGGCUUUUAAUAAUUGUCUUUUGCCUAUGGCUGUUUCCUCUGUAUAAAUCAAAUAAGAAGCCUUCUUGACUUAACACUGUUGUUAAACAUUGUUCAAUUUUACAUAUUUAUGCUUAACAUAAAAUUAUGGUACUUUCUAACUGUCUGCACCCCUACCAAAAAGUUGUGAAUUUUUUUGUGAUUAAUUUAUUGGAAACUAAUACUUAGCCAUUUUCAAAAUGGUGGUGCACUAAGAAUUAGAUACAAGAAUACUCAGUCAAUAAAAUUAAAAAUAUAAAAACCAUCUAACCUUUUUCGAGAAAUCUUUCGUUUUUGCACUAUUGUUCUUCCCAUGUACACAACAACCUGUUUCCACUCAAAAAACAUCAGAGAAUUACACGAACAAAACAGGUAUGUUCUACAUACAAACCUGGAUUGCCACAUGAAUACUCUUUGGCAGUAUUAUGGAUUUGCCACAUAACUAUUUUGGUGACAUACUGCUUUGCCUCAUGAAUACUUUUCAUUGGGGGUGCAGAUAAUCAGAAAGUGUCAAAGUUAUUUACUUAUACACUUCUAUGCAUUUAUUAUGACUAAUAUAAACUUUUUAAAAGGUGAUCUAAAUUCUGGUACAUUUAAAAUGCUAAUGCUUUGAAAUUAAGUGAGAUUUUUAUCACCUAGUGUAUUAAACGUUCAAACUACUUUUAAAAGUUUCUACUAGUCGUAAAAAGUAUUUUCUAUUAUUGAAUUGUUCAGAUGUUUUAUUCUCGUUUAUGAAAUACCUGAGUAUACAGCGUCCAAAUUUCAAGUAUCCAUUGCUUUACAUUGCAUGCAUGUUAAAAAUGUAUUUACAGUCUGUUUUUUUGGGGGGAGAGGGUUGAUUUUAAAAUUAUUUGUGGUAUACUACCUGAUUAUAAAUUAUACAGUUGUUAUAUUUAAACUAUUGGCUUGCAUUGUAUUAUCCUUUGAACUUCAGGACUGUCAAUUGAUUAAUAUAUUUAUUCAAAUGCUUCAUAUAAAAAAUAUUGAUUUGCUGUAAUGUCAUAAAGUACCCUUGAAAAAAAUGUGCUCUUAUUAUUUAGUAAUGAAUUAUGCAUGAAUCACCGUGAUUAAAAAUUUUCGGGAUAAAAUAUUUAAAAAAAAUUCAUAUAGUCAUAAUUUGAGAGAAUCACUGUGAUUAAAAAUUUUCAGGAUAAAAUAUUAAAAAAAUUUGAUAUAGUCAUAAUUUGAGUGUUAAUAAUAAUUGUAGUAUAAUUUUGCAUUGAUUUAUUUUUAUCUUAAUUAAAAAAAUUGCUGCAACAAUUGGUUUACUAUAAUUUGAGUUUUUUAACUGUUUGAAAAUAACAUGCAAAUGAAUUUGUCUUAUAUUUAAAAAAAAAAAAAAAAUUGUUUGUAUCAUGCUCAACUAUGUGAAUAUAUAAUUUUUUUAUUCAGUUUAAAAUUGUAUUUGUAACCACAAGCUUAUGUUUAGCUUAAAGAUUAGGUUACCUUACUUAAAUAUAGCAAAGCACAUGAGACUAUCUGCCUAAGGAAAGGGAUGCCUUUGUGAAAGACUUUCUAAGGAAAAUUGGCUCAUAUUCACAUUAUAUAUGAGGAAAACCAACCAAUUCAUCCACACUUGAACCAGGUCAAACUACCAGUAUGCAAAUUGUUGAGGCUGAAAGUACAUUUUUAUAAUUCUUAAUGUUAAUGAAAUAAUUCUGUGAAAUAUUAUUUAGUACUACAUUUUUGCAACAAAUAAACAAAAGCAAAGGCAUUUUAAAAAUUUGGUUGUACUCAGUACACAGAAGCGAACAAUGGCAUAACUGGGCGGUCAAGGGAAAACAUGUAUACCUGGUUCACAACAUCCAGGGGGCAGCAAAUAGAUGCUACAGAACUUUAGAAUAAAGUGUUUUCUAUUCUUAGCAAACAGCAUGGGAUGUGAAAUCUUCAGCUGUCCCCAGACACUGAAAACCCUAGGUGGUGAAAGUUCCUCUUUCUUUCUGUAUUUGUCAAAAUAUAAAGAGACUCUGGAGGUGAAAGUUUCUUGCAUUUAUGAACAGUUUUUUUCAGUGCCAUUUUCAGCAAAUUGACAUUCUUAGAUCCUGCACUGUAAUUUUUAAUCUAUAGUUUUUGAUUUAGUGUAUAGUUUUUGAUAGCAGAAAAAAAGAAGGCAUGUUAGAGGUAAAAGGAAAUAUUAGUCACUAAAAUUUAACAUUUAAGUCUAAUCUGCUUUACUGAUCAAGGCUUCAUUGAUUAUAAAGAGUUGAAUAUCUUAAUUUUAAACUUGUAUAAAUCAAGAAUUUUUUUAGAUAAAAAUCUGCUGUGUUUUAAACUUUUCUAGCCAAUCAUUGCAUUUUCCAUCUUAAUAAGAAUGAAUUAAAAAAUCCCUUAUUUCAUAUAUAACAAGCUACCAAAUUUCAUAUAUAACCAGAUAAACUUGCAUUAAAGCAAAGGAUACUUGAUUAUUCCUGUAUACCAUUUUAGAAUUACCUCAUUUUUAAAAUUUUUUUUCAUAUUUAAUUUCAAAUUAAAUAUAUGUCAGUUGUUUUAAAAAAUUAAAAAAAAAUGUACAUAAAGCAUUUCACAGGAAUAUAUUUAAGUUGAUGGGUAAACAAGUUUCUAUAUUUGUCAAAAUAUUGUAAAUUUGUUCAACUUGUCAGGCAAGGGCAUGUUGUGAAUGAUUAGGUUUGUUUUCAUGGUUUCAUACUUAUGUUUUGAGAAAUGUGAAAUGCCAAACUUUCUGGUAAAAUAAGUACAAAUUUUUUUUCAUCACAAUUUGAAUCAUAAACUUCUGUGAAAAUUUAGAACUGCCAUUGUGUUUGUUAUACUGUAAACAUUUGCAUCAUUCUUUUUCCCCCUUCUUUGCUGGUAAGUUUAUUUUUAAAGGAAAAAAAGUGUUUCAUCUUUAAACCAUAAAUGAAAUAUUUUAUUUUUUGUUUGUAAAGAGUCACUUGUUUUACAAAGCACUUUCUGAAUUUUAAUAAUUAAAAUUUUUAUGGAUUUUUGUUAUUUUUUCUUCAGUUUUUCUUUUUCCUUUUAGAUUUUUAUUGUUGGUAAAAAUUAAAACAAGCAAAAUUCAAUUAUGUUAUUGUAAAAUGUAAUCAGAAAUCCUGCGUUUAAUAUGUUUAUAUCAUAUGUAAUGAAAAAUAUAUUUGCAAUAAAAGUACUAUAUUGGUCAUUUUAAUUCAGUAUGAUGCAAUAUUGUUAGCAAAUUUGAUAAAAUUUAUAUGUUAUGGAGAAAAAUUGUUCAUAGCACUUUUAAUAUGUGCACUUAUAUUUGAAAAAAAAAUAAUUUACUUAAAUUUAUCCUUAGUCUGAUUAUGCAAUGUAAAUAUAAGGUUGGUUAGUAUUUUUUGUUUUAUUAAAAAAAUUAUCUUUUUAAUGAGAAUCAUUGUGUAGUCUUUUUUACCUUUCUCACCCCCCAGCAAAAGGAAAAAUCUUUCUGUUCAGUGAUAUAACUUAAAUGUAAUGAUAGCAAACUGCUGCUAAGCAUUCUUUAUUGGAUAAAUUAUUUAUUUUUUAAUAUCCAAUGAAGCAUUCCAUUAAAUUUUAUUGCUUUAGUUGGAGUUAUUGAGAUUAUUUGUUUUUAUUUCACAUGUUUCUGAAAAUGCAUGAUAAAUAUUGAAAUACUGCUUUCUAGGCUAGCAGUUGUUCAGCAAUAACAUUGGCUUACAAGCAGACAUUUCUGUGUUAAAGACCUCUAGUAAUUUUACUUUUUUAAACCAGUGAUUUUUCUUCCAUUAUGAUGUCCUUUUUUAUGUAAAUUAAAAUUUACAAAACAUUAAUUUUGUUUUCUGUGUUUAAAGAUUUUCCAUUUAUUUGUUUGAUAUAUAUUUCAAUUGAGAAAAGUGUUCUUGUUAGUUGUACAGUGUAUAAUAUUGAGAAGGCUGUAGCCUUUUUUAUUUACCUGUAGUUUGUUACAUUAAGGAUUGUGAUUGGAGAAGAUGUCUGGCCUUAAGUAUUGUACAUAAAACAUGUUUUCAACAUACAUUUUAGUGUAUGUGGAGAGGUUGUCUGAAUAUGAGUGAUUGAGGUGAGUCAUUUAUGACUAGUGAUACUUUUUGCAUUAAAGCCAGAGUAGUUAAGAGUGAAAAGAAACAUCAAGUGUGAUAUUAAAGCUUUGUUUUAUCUUUCCAUUCAAAAAUGAACUUGAACAUAUAAUAUAUUUGGAAUUGUUUUUCCAGUUUUCCAGAAAUAUGAAGAAAAAAAAUUACUUCUCUGUCAAUACCAUUCUUUUGCUUUCUUUUGAAAUACUGAAUUUUGUUUCCUCUGUGAUACUGAGAAAGAAACUUUAAAAAUUAAUUUUCUUUCUGUGAAGUUGUUUUUAUUAUACAUUCUUCAAUAUCUGUGUAUUCAUAUGAAUGAGAGAAUGGACUUUUAAAAUUAUAAUUCUUAAUUUCAUUGUUAAAAUUGCUUCUUUUGUGUAAAUUAUGCUAUUUGAGACUUAACUUUUCAUGUUUAAUGUGUAGGAAUCGAUAUAAAAGUUAAACAUAUUUGAUCAGAAUCUUAUUAAUAUCUGUGAAUUUAUCUUUAAAAUAUAAUGAAAAAAAUUAUGGGAAUCAAAAAAAAAAAAAAAAAAAAAAAAAAAAAAAAAAAAAAAAAAUUGAAAGGGGGGA